GACGCCAAGGAAAGCAAUGUUUGCCGGGGAGUGAGAGGCUGGUGUAUAUAAGGGUGCGCGGGCCAGCCACCAGCACACUCUUCUUCACCAUGAAGCUUCUGGUCCUGUUCUCGGCUACCGUGGCAGUAGCCGUGGCUGAAGUGGGUUACGGCAGCGGCGUACCCUCUGGAGGCAGCUUCUCCCACGGCGGUGGAAGCUUCGGGGGAGGAGGAGGCUUUGGCGGUGGCUUUGGCGGUGGCUUUGGCGGCGGCGGCGGAGGAGGAGGAGGCUAUGGCGGUGGUGGAGGAUCUUGUGGUGCCGGCCAAGUGCGUCACGUUGACGGCAGCUGCGUCACGCCCCAGGUGACCCGCAACCUGUACGUCUACCGCGCUCCAGACGUGGCUCCCAUCGUGGGGCCGCGCCCUAAUGUUCCCGCACCCCGCUUGGAGCACAACAUUGUGUUCAUCCACACUCCUGAGGGGCUCGUCGACCAGCAGCCCGUCGUGGUGCCUCCCCCGCAGCAGAAGAACGUGGUGUACCUGCUGAGCAAGAGGCCUCAACAAGACCAGCAGGUGAUCCACGUGCCGGCACCCGAGCAGCAGGCACCAGAGAUCUUCUUCGUCAACUACGCCGAUGGAGAGAAUCCGUCCCUGCCCACCGGAGGCGACCUGCAAUCCGCCCUCAGCAAGGCCUCUCAGGGCAGCGCUGGAGGCGUCAUCGGCGGCGGCGGCGGCGGCGGCAUUGGUGGUGGCAUCGGUGGCGGCAUCGGUGGCGGCAUUGGUGGUGGCAUCGGUGGCGGCAUCGGUGGCGGCAUCGGUGGUGGCAUCGGUGGCGGUUACGGUGGCGGCGGCGGCGGCGGCGGCAUCAGCAGUGAAUACAGCGCCCCGUCCCCUCCCUCAGGCUCGUACUCCACGCCCUGAGCGGCACACUCUCACACACAGCGUAUUUAUGUCCUCCCUCUUGGACGCACUAUUUAUGUCGGACACCUGCCAUGAGCAAUACUACAGAUUAGAGCUUCAAUUGUAAUAAUAUCAAUUCUUGUUACAAAAAGCAUAAAUUAUAAAAACAAUUAGA